UUGGUCUCAUCUUUCUGUUGCCAUAGCAAAAUACAUAUUAUUUAUAUUUUUAAAUGAGGCUUCAAGGAUAAUAUUCGAAAUUGGGGGUCAUGAUGUCAAAUACAGUCAUUAUUGUUAUAUAGAUGAUGUAGUGGGCAGUGUUUCAGUACCACCCUGGAAAUAAACACUGAACAUUCUGCAAGGGUAAGAGUUAGCUAGUGCUAAAACACAAAUCAGUUGCAUUUAUUUUUUUAAUUGUUAGAGUAAUGCAGACCUUCAUAAUUUGGGGAGCUGACCUUGAUUCAGAGAUAGCAUAAGGGCUGUGUGAGGAAAAAAAUCUAUUGCAGGUUCUUUUAUGUUUUAAGUUUUUAUUUAAAAAUUUAUUUUUUAUUUGAAAGUCAGAGUUACAAAGAGAGAGAGGCAGAGAGAGAGAGAGAGGAGAGAUCUUCAUCUGCUGGUUCACUCCUUGGCUGCCUACAAUGCCCGGAGCUGUGCUGAUCUGAAGCCAGGAGCCAGAGCUUCUUCUCAGUCUCCCACAUGGGUUAAAGGGCCCAAGGGUUUGGUUCUUCUUCUACUGCUUUCCCAGGUCAUAGCAGAGUGCUAGAUCAGAAGUGGAGCAGCUGGGUCUAGAAAUGGCACCCAUAUGAGAUGUCAGCACUUUAGGCAAGGGUGUUAACCCACUGCACCACAACUCUGGCCCCAAGAUUUAUUUAUUAACUUAUUUGAAAGGCAAAUAGAGAUAUGGAAGGAUGGGUAGUAAGAAAGAGAUACCUUCCAUCUACUGGUUCAUUCACAAAAUGACCACAGGCAUCCCAUGUGGAGCACCAAGGACUCAAACUGUUCACAUUGGGAUGCCUGAAUUGCAGGUGGAGGGUGCAGGCUUAUCUGCUGCACCAUAAUACUGGUGCCUACUACAGGUUCUCAAACAAAUCUCUCUGCAUUUCCCUCAGUCACAAAUGCAGAUUAUAGUACAGAAUUUCUCAAGGAAAUUUCUUUGGAAAUUUGAUGCAGAGAUAGAGUAUCUGAGCUGACUUCAUAAACACUAAGUUAAGUCUGUAAUGUCUCUUUUAAAAUAUUUUUUUCUCUGCCAUAAUUGCAUUGACUGUGCAUGGUGUUUUCCUGGAAAUUCUUCUCUGUUCAAUCUCUUCAUAGCUUCCCUGAUGGUUUCUUGUCUUUUUCCCUGAAUACUUCUACGUUCUUCUGAACAUUGCUCAUUCCAGAGUGACUAUUGUCCCCCUUUCAGCCUACUGUGCAAUUGCCCUUGACAUAGUCUGGCCUUUCUGAACAGAAAUUCCUGUUUCCCUCCAGCUUGGGCAUUUUUCACAGCCUUUAUACCACAGGUUUGAUCCCCUGUUGAAUGCUUCUGUGUGGCUGUCCAAAUGCUCAACAAAUCUGAAAUGAAAUGGCAUCCUUCCUUCUUCCUCCAUAUGCAUGCAGAAGUUAUACAACUGCCAUUUUUUGUUAUGUGACAGAGUUGACAUGUUGACCAGGAGUGUUCUAUCACAGGUGAUGAUAGCAUUUGAAGACCUGGCUGUGUACUUUACCUGGGAGGAAUGGCAGAACAUGAACCAAGCUCAGAAAAUCCUGUACAGGGAUGUGAUGCUGGAGACCUACAGCAGCCUGUUCUCCUUGGGGCACUGCAUGACCAAACCUGACUUGAUCUUGAAGUUGGAGCAAGGAGCAGAGCCCUGGAUGGGGAAAGAAUGCUUACAUCAUAGCCUUCCAGUUGCCAUGAAAAGGGAUGACCUGAUUAGGAAAAACCAGAAAAGUCAGGACAAAAAUCUGAAUCAGGAUGUUAUGAAAAAUAAUAAGACAUCAACUCCCAACAUCACUGAAUUAAGAAAAACACUUCAUUUAAGUUCAAACCAUAUUCCAAAACUGAGUAUCAAAAAGAGAAUCUAUUCAGGAAUGAAACCUGAAAAAUGCAAUGUAUGUCACAAUGUGUAUCUGCACUGUGGGCCUGUUCAACUACAAACUGGAGAAAAAUUUGAUGCUACUAAUGUACCUGGGAAUGCUCUCCAGAUCUGUGAGAAUCUUAAUCAACAGCCCAAAAUUCAGAGUGUGCAACAGGCAUUUGAACCAAUUGGAAAAGGGAAAGUCUUCAAAAGGAAAAAUAUAUUUUGUCAAUCUGAGAGGCAUUUUAUGGUAGAAAGUAAGAAGUCAACUGCCACUAUUGGCAAGACAACUCAAAUAGAACAUGAUUUCCAUAAAAAUUCUAACCUCAGUAUGCAUCAACAAAGUCCCAGAAGAGAGAAAGUUUAUGAAUAUAGUAAUUCUUUGGAACCUGUCAUUGAUCAAUCACCUCUUAAAAUAAAUCAUAGACCACAUAUAGGGAAGAAACCCUAUGUAUGUAAGCCUUGUGAAAAAUCAUUCAGUUAUAAAUUCUGCAAUGCAAUUCAUUACAGUACUCACGUAGUGGAAAACUCUCAUGUGUUUAAUGAACAUGGAGAAGCCACUUACCAGAAGUCACAUCUCAUAAAUCAUCAGAGAAUUCACUCAGGUGAGAAACCUUAUGAAUGUAAUGACUGGAAAAUCCUAUGGCCAGAAGUCACACCUCAUAAAGCAUCAGAUAAUUAACACAGGGAAUAAACUUUAUGAAUGUAAUAACUGUGGAAAAGCUUUUGGCCUUAAGUCACAUCUCAUAAAUCACCAGAGAAUUCACACGGGAGAGAAACCUUAUGAAUGCAGUGACUGUGGAAAAGCCUUUCAUUAUAAAUCAACCCUCACAAAGCAUCAGAGAAUUCACACAGGGGAUAAGCCUUAUGAAUGUAAUGACUGUGGAAAAUCCUUUAUGUGGCAGUCACGUCUCAUCCUACGUCAGAGAAUUCACAUGGUUGAAAAACCUUAUGAAUGCAAUGACUGUGGUAAAGCCUGUAGCCAGAAGCCAAACCUCAUAACUCAUCAGAAAAUUCACACAGGAGAGAAACCUUAUGAAUGCAAUGAGUGUGGCAAAGCUUUUGGCCAGAAGUCACACCUCAUAACUCAUCAGAAAAUUCACACAGGGGAGAAACCUUAUGAAUGUAAUGACUGUGGAAAAGCCUUUGGGAAGAAGUCACACCUCAUAAAUCACCAGAGAAUUCACACAGGGGAUAAGCCUUAUGAAUGUAAUGACUGUGGAAAAUCCUUUAUUUGGAAGUCACAUCUCAUGCUGCAUCAGAGAAUUCACACAGGGGAAAAACCUUAUGAAUGCAAUGACUGUGGUAAAGCCUUUGGCCACAAGAGAAACCUCAUAACUCAUCAGAAAAUUCACACAGGAGAGAAACCUUAUGAAUGCAAUGAGUGUGGGAAAGCCUUUGGCCAGAAGUCACACCUCAUAACUCAUCAGAAAAUUCACACAGGAGAGAAACCUUAUGAAUGCAAUGAGUGUGGCAAAGCUUUUGGCCAGAAGUCACACCUCAUAACUCAUCAGAAAAUUCACACAGGGGAGAAACCUUAUGAAUGCAGUGACUGCGGAAAAGCCUUUCGCUGUAAAUCAACCCUCACAAAGCAUCAGAGAAUUCACACAGGGGAGAAACCUUAUAAAUGUAAUGACUGUGGUAAAGCCUUUGGCUGGAAGUCCCAUUUCAUAAAUCAUCAGAGAAUUCACACAGGGGAUAAGCCUUAUGAAUGUAAUGACUGUGGUAAAGCCUUUAUGUGGAAGUCACUUCUCAUCCUACAUCAGAGAAUUCACACGGGGGAAAAACCUUAUGAAUGCAAUGCCUGUGAUAAAGCCUUUGGCCACAAGCCAAACCUCAUUACUCAUCAGAAAAUUCACACAGGAGAGAAACCUUAUGAAUGCCAUGAGUGUGGGAAAGCUUUUGGCCAGAAGUCACACCUCAUAACUCAUCAGAAAAUUCACACAGGGGAGAAACCUUAUGAAUGCAGUGACUGUGGAAAAUCCUUUGGCCGGAAGUCCCAUUUCAUAAAUCAUCAGAGAAUUCACACAGGGGAUAAGCCUUAUGAAUGUAAUGACUGUGGUCAAGCCUUUAUGUGGAAGUCACAUUUCAUCCUACAUCAGAGAAUUUACACAGGGGGAAAACCUUAUGAAUGCAAUGACUGUGGUAAAGCCUGUAGCCAGAAGCCAAACCUCAUAACUCAUCAGAAAAUUCACACAGGAGAGAAACCUUAUGAACACAACGAGUGUGGCAAAGCUUUUGGCCAGAAGUCACACCUCAUAAACCACCAUAUAAUUCACACAGGGGAGAAACCUUAUGAAUGUAAUGACUGUGGAAAAGCCUUUCUGAAGAAGUCAUCUCUCAUCCUACAUCAGAGGAGUAACACAGGGGAGAAACCCUAUGAAUACAAUGACUGUGGGAAACCAUUUGGUCACAAAUCAAGCCUCAUAAGUCAUCAGAGAAUUCACACAGCGUAGAAAGAUUAUGAAUGUAAUGACUGGAAAAGCCUUUCUGAGUAAGCUCUAGCACCCACAUCAGAGAAUUCGCACAGGGGAAAAACCUGAUGAAUGUAAAGACUGGAAAGUCUUUACCCAUAAGUCAAACCUCAAAAGGCAUCAGAGAAGUCACACAGGGGAUAAACCUUCUGAAUGCAAUGACUUGGAAAAGCCUUUUGCCAAAAGUCAAGCCUUGUAAAUAAUUAGAGAAGCCAUA